AUGGAGCGUGCCUCUGAGCCGAUUAUGCAAGCAAGUUGGUUUGAUUCGCAUUCACUUGCCAAUGCAUUGAACUUGGACUAUCGGAUCACGGAAUCUGAAGACUUUACCAAACUCACAGUCAAUCCCAAGGACGUCCACGAAAAAAUUCAUCCUCGACGUCCAACAACCAGCGACCAAACUCCUCUGAAACUCCUGACAGAUGAAUCCCUUGCCCUAGUCUUAGAUCACACAUGUUCACUCAGUACGAACUCCUCCUUCCCCAAGACAGUUGCCGGAAUCAGCCCGUGGCCCAAUGCUAGGGUUUCAAUGGAACAGUGA